UGCAGCUCCGACUACAUAAUUAAAAAGAAACGCCGCCAUUUUGACAUUUGUUUGGCUUUUGUGUGUUCAUAAUAAAAAUUUAUCAUGUAAUGUACUAUUACGAAAGUGUUUUCGUUGUAUUUCCGUGAUUUAACUAUUUUGUUCGUGUGCCGGGUGAAUAAAUUCUUACGCAUCACUGCAAAACGCAUAUGUUAAAUGGUGAAAAAAUCGAUAACGCACCAGUGCCGCUCUUUUUGUGUUGAGAUGUAAAAAUCUUAGUAAUUCUAUAAAUAAAUAUAUAGUUUGCGAUUUAAUCUAUAAUUACAUUAAGUAAAAUGUGUUUUUAAAACGUUUUUUAUAUACUUUUCCAAUGAUAUGCGUCGAAAAGUGGUGUGUGAAAAAGGCGCGAAGAGAUUCCGCGCCACCGUGCAAUUGCGGAAAUGAAACUAUGUGUAAAUAAUUAUUUGUGUAAAUCUAAUAAGUAAUAUUAUUAUUAUAGUGUAAUCUACAAAUAUUUCUAUAUCGUGGUGUUAACAAAUGGUGAAAUAAUUAUUAAUAAAUAUCCAACAAUUUCAUGUUAAGGUUCCACCUUAUAUUGCAAUGCGGUUAAGAAGUAGAAAAAGGGAGCGGCCGCUCUCAAGUAAGAAAGCAACUAAAGUGACAAAAUUGAAGAAGAAGAUUAACAAACCAUUACCAAAACCUUCUCCUGCGUGGAAGAAGGCAUUGAAGCGGGACACGGUGAAAAAUGCCCUGUCUGACCAACACAUCUGCAUAACAAGAUCACAAAAACUGAAAACAAGGCCUGUGAGAACCAUCAGAAGCAUGGAGAAGGCAGUUGAUAUGCAUAAGAACAAAUCCAAACAUAAAGAUACACCGAAGAAUACAAAGCCCAUCUUUCAGACUGUUGUGAGGCCGAAUAAGGAAACGGUAUCCUCAUCUACAUCGGUCAAGAAACCUCAAAAUGAUAAAAUCACAACCACAACAAAGAGGGAAGUGAGGACCACAAAGAGUGUGCAACUUCGUCACAGUUCUUUAAACCGAGAGCUCAGGAAGCCAGAGAUAUCUUCCGCGAUCAGCUCCCCUCGGAAGACUAGGCGUAUAGACAACAACAAGUCUGUCUCGCUGAACAGUUCACCAAUACGAAAAGUCCGUCAAAUCGGCCUCACCAGCCCUAAAACAGUGAGCUCAACUAAUGAGAGUCCAAAAAAGAAGACCAAGAAAAGCCCAGUAGACCAGCCGAGCUGGAGUGAUGAGAAUGACAUUUCUAUGUAUGAGGCUCACACCACAACUUUUGUGGACUUCCCAACUCCAAAAUCAGAGGAGUCUGACACUGAUAAUGUGGAAUCGUCAGAAUUGUGUCUGCCAAAUGAUUGUCUGAAUGACUUCAUAGCAAUUGCUGAAUGUGCCAGGCUGAUCAAUGAUGCAGUGCCGACAACUGAUGAUGAUAUCAACUAUCUUGCUGACAAGGCUGCUAGAGUGAUGACCACUGAAAAGGAAGAUGAGAAGGUGGUGAAAUCACGCACCAAUUCGGUGGAGAAGCGUCUCCUGAAGCGGAGGAAGUCGAGCAACGACCUAGAAAUGUACCAGCCGACGUCCACCACAGACGACAUUGACAACUGCGCGGACUUCCUGACCAACGGCGAGAAAUAUGUUCAGCCGGACUUCGUAACGAUGCUAGAGCAGGACGGGUACGUGCGCGACUCGGAGUGCGAGAUUUCGUCGACGUGCGAUACGCAGGGCACGGCCAUCGAGAGCCUCGAGGCGCUGUCUGCGAGGAGCCCCAGCACUGGUUUCCUGGCGGAGAUCAGUCAGAGCCUCGCCGCUGAGGCCGCUGGAUGGAACGGUUCGGAAAUUGUCGCCGAUGAGUCUUCCCUGGCGUGUCACGAUGAACAAACGCCUUCUGACAUCGAGGAGGAGGCUGCAGACGUGAUCUCGUCAUGCAGCAGCCGCGUGGACUGCGAGCAGAUAUCCUCGUGGGUGGACGCCUUCGACCCUUACUUGUUCAUCAAGCAGCUGCCGCCGCUGGAGAGCGUGGCGACGGGCGCGCUGCGUGCGCGCUACCCCGCGCUGCCGCUCAAGACUCGCACCAGCCCAGACUUCAGCCUCGUGCUUGACCUGGACGAGACGUUGGUACACUGCUCGCUGCAGGAGCUGCCCGACGCCAGCUUCCACUUCCCUGUGCUCUUCCAAGACUGCCGAUACACUGUGUUCGUGCGCACGCGCCCGCACUUCGCGGAGUUCCUGUCGCGCGUGUCGCGGCUGUACGAGGUGAUCCUGUUCACGGCCAGCAAGCGCGUGUACGCCGACCGCCUGCUCAACCUGCUUGACCCCGCCAGGAGGUGGAUCAAGUACCGUCUGUUCCGCGAGCACUGCCUGCUCGUAAACGGCAACUACGUAAAGGAUCUGUCGAUCCUGGGCCGCGACCUGCGCAAGACCGUCAUAGUGGACAACAGUCCGCAGGCGUUCGGCUAUCAGCUCGAGAACGGGAUUCCGAUCGACAGCUGGUUCGUUGACCGCAGCGACAAUGAGCUGCUCAAACUGCUGCCGUUCCUCGAACAUCUGGCUACUAAAGAUGAUGUCCGCCCGUACAUCCGUGACAAAUACAAGCUGUUCAGCUACCUGCCACCAGAUUAAACUGACCAGCCACCAUCACCGUCACCGACUCCGACCAUCAUCGGCCCUGGGGGCUCACCAUCAUCACAUAUAAUCAUGGUAUUAGCUCACUGAUCCAUGAUCUUCGUAGAGCAUCACCUGGUUUGAACUGUUCAAAAUGACUCGAUAUUUGCAUUUAACAUGCUUGAUUUAACUAGCAUGGUGAAAAAAAACAUCGUGAGAAACCCACAUACCUGAGAGAUCUCUAUAGAAUUUUGAAAGUAUUUGAAGUCUGUCAACUUGCACUAGAGAAGGCCAAUGCUUAGCAGUGGUCAGUAUAUAAUACAGAGCUGGUAAUAUAUGCGCUUGAUAUCAGCCCCGGUGUGGACGGGUACUGUCCCACUGCUGGGCUUGUGGUUACUUUGCUAAUGAAGGAUGACAUUUGAGCUGAAUUAUAAUAGGAUUCUCAUGUUUUUCUAGAAUUUCAUAAUAUUUAAUAUAACAGCUAAUUGAUUUGAAAUCGUAUAUUACUCCUGUCCAUUGGCGAAGGCACUAAUAACCCGUGUAAACCAUAGAGAUCCUUAGUUCACCAUGUUGGCCUAAUGCAUAAUGUAUACUGGUAGACAUACAUACCUUCAAAUUACUUAUAGAGAACUCAAGUAUGCAGAUUUCUUCAUAAUUUCAGUGAUAUUCAAUGUAGCAUUGAAUCAUUUUGAACUGAGCUAAGGUAUUUUAUAUGGUCACAUUGUAAAUCAGUUCGGUGACUUGUGUUAACAAUUGAAAUAAAUUGUUUCGUCUGUUCAAUGGUGAGUGUUUGAAAGCGAAGGUGGACGACGUGAGGGAUGCGACAAGACUACGUAUGCUUAUUUACAUCAAUGAUAAAGAAUACUCUUACAUCCAUAGACACUCGCCGAUAAUAACGCCUAUCUGAAUGUGAAAGGUUCGGCGAUGGAACAUUCUGGAAAGAUCUCGAUGUUUCCCGAGUGUCGUGGAAACUCGAUGAUCGCGUCGCAAACAAGACUGACUGUGGCAGCCGCGCGCGCUCCUUAUAUACCCGGCCGCAUGUACCAUGGAUGUCUGUAGAACAUUCUCGAAUGGUCCGGAAUGGUCGGUACCUCUCUAGGAAAUUUGAGGUUCGUUAUCGAGUUUCCACGACAUUCUGGAAAUAUCAAGAUCUUUCAAGAAUGUUCCAUUAUCGAACCUUCCACAUUCAGGUAGGUAUUACGGGAGAGUUCCAAUGGUGUAACAAUACAAUAUAAAUAUAUUCAACAUUAUCCUGUUUCUUCGGAUUGAUAGCGAAAAUGGACCAAUUAGAAUGAAGUUCGCAUGAGAAGUUUGUAGAUAUCUUAUUUUAAUUGGUCUAUACUUACCAUUGCUCCGGAGUUAGGAAUUGGGUUAGUUUAUUGAAAGUGCGUAGGAGUACUUAGAUACACGUCUUAUAUUUAGGGUAUUUAUAACUAGGGACUUUCAAGAGCUAAAACCCAAAAUGACUACGGAUAACACAUUUCUCGGCAAAGAAGCAUCCACCACGACUUAUUUAUUUCUAAUAUAGGGUGACUAUAAUAUUUUGAUAAUAACAGGCAUUAUUAUAAUACGCACUGAGAAUUGUAUUUAACAUUAAACAACAGUAACACGCCCUAAGAUUUUUUAGUUUUGUCCAACGAUGCGCAGGCAGAUAAUUUCAAUCGGCGUUAUUAAUUAAUAGCUCACACUUCGGAAACAUACAGGAAACGGAAUCCAGGGUGUUUUGAAUGAAAUGAGAUAAGUGAGUGAUCGAAUGUAAAGUGUUUACGGUCAAAUUUGCAUAGUAUUUGACCAUCGAUAUAUAUGUAGUACGUACUAGAUUUGGCGUUCCGAAGAUUCACUGUGUUCAACUCAAUUCAAUUGAGCAACUACAACCAUUCAAACUGACUUUAGUAUGGUCAAAAUUGACAGCUUGUGGUUGUGUGCGGAGUGGCGCUCUUGAUAUAAGAACUUGAGUUUAAGUGUAAACCUGGAUUUGAAUAAAAAAUAUUAGUCAAAUAUGUAAAAUUAUUUGUUCAAGUGAUGAAUGAGUGAACCUAUUUAGGUUAUAACAGUGACGUUUUGGUUGCCAUUGUUCAGAUUUUGAACAAAUAGUUUAUAUGGAAGUUCGUGUCUAUAGAAUAUACGUCAAUGGUUUUGACUGCCUCGGUAAUCUCGUGGUAAGUACCUAAAAGACCAAGAAGAUUGGGUGACUCACCGUAAAUGGGUUUUUGUGAUAGGAAUUAGUGGCAGCUCGGAGUAUUAGGCUAAUCUCAGUUGAGAUUGGCUGUAGCCAUAAUAUACCAUAGCCGAAAUUCAGUUGGAUAUAAAUGAAUUGCAGAAGUAAGAGAUGUGUCCGAAAUUCUUUCAAAAAUAAAAAGAAACUAAUUUUGAAACUCAUUCAUUAGUUGAAUAGUUAGUGUCCCUCACGCCGUCUGCCUUACUUUCAAACGUCACAAAAUAUAUGUGUUUUAUAUUGUGAUUAUAAAAUUGUAUUCUAAAGUGUUUAGAUUGUACGCAUUUGGUAUUCGUAUUAUUAAUCGUGGGUUAGAGAUAUUUGGAACUGGUGGUACUGUCUUGCGAGAUUUAUAAAAAGUUUCGUUUAAUCGAACUGUUGGAAUUGUCUAUUGCACUCAGUUAUUACAUUUUCAAUUUCGGUGGCGUGCAGCGUUCGCAGUACACCAUUCUGAGGUCCUGGGUUUGAAUCCUGAUACGGCAAUAUAUUCAUCCCCAUCACAUAGGACGGAAUAUGGGCAGAAAGUGAGUGCCUUGGUUACAUCUCAGCCUACCCUUUCGGGGAUACAAGUGUGAUGUGUUUGUUUUUUUUCAACAUUGUCUAAGUUCUAAAGAAACAAAAUUUUCAAUACCAAACAUGCUGGGUGUAAUGGAUAAGGUAUUUAAACUUAUCCUAUUUAAGGCUGAUUUUCCAAUCAUCCGAUAGAAGUUCUAACAAUGAUAAAUGUUAAGAAAAAGAAAUUGAAUGUUAAUAAAUUAGUAUAAGUAAAUAAAAUAUCUUGAUUGUGUUACAAUAUUAUUCAGGCCGGUUAUAACUGAUUUGUUGGAUAAUAUUCAUCUGGUGAUAAAAAAAAAAUUACGAAUCGCCAAACAAGACGGUACUGUCAUUAUUCAAAUACAAUAUUAUCAUUCGGAUAUCACUGCAUUUUUUUAUACUGUACAAAAGUACGAAAAGAUUUUUACUUAUGUUUUAAUGUAGAUUGUGUGCGUGACCAUUCGUUUUUUUUAUUAUUUAGUAUAUACUCACCAUGUAUUCAGGUGCUCUAUUGUUGUAUAAUUAAAUACUGCAGACGAAAUUCAGCCCUUAAAUCCAAAAGCACACGUGCGUUAUUUGCAGAACGGUAAAAUAUCCGAUAAUUUAGCUGACAAAUAUUUUGCUGCUCGUGCGCACUUACACUGACUGUCGUAUUACCAGCGAUAAGCGAGUAAAGCUUUAAACUUAUUCAACAAGCUAUAUUAAGGCAUGUGUGCAAGUUUUGUUGACAGUGAAAAGGAAUAUUUCUCGUACAUUUCUAUUACUUGUAUGAAAUCGACUUCUAGCUAUGUAUCUCUGUUUUUAAGUAACUAUAUGGCAGCUCUACGUUUUAUGAAGUUUAACUCAUACUCAGUUAUUCUCUCGAUGAGAGCAGGGUGUUAACAUCAUACAUACGUCUGGUUUCCAUGAGUUUAAUGAUUUUGCUAAAAUCUCGCCCAUCGAUUUACUUUGUCGUUAUUCUAACAAAGGGCUGAAUAGAGUACAAUAUUUACACUAGGAUAUGUCUGGAUUCACCAACCUUUGAUUAACAUGAGUUGUACUGUCGGUCGCAACACAAAUUAACUUGGUGGGACGUCCCAUCACGUUGUUUUGUGACGACUGUAAGUGUCCACUUAGGUUGAAUUUAGGGAACACUGAUAUUGUGUAUUUUAUGUCUAUUCAACGUUUUGACUUGUGGUUUGAGUAACUUAUUUUCAAUGUUCUGCUAGCUGGACAAAGGCCUCCUGGCUUACACUUAUAAUACUUCUAGACUCGUUGUUUAGUAUAUAUCGAAUUGUUUGCUAUAAAUAAGGCGCUAAAAGUAGUUUAUAGAUAGAAUUGGUGCUCUUACCAUUGUGCCCAUUCGGUAAUUUUAUACAAUGCUGUUGCAAUCUCAAGUUACUUAUUCCAUGAAACAAAACUGUACGUGUAUAAUUCAUUUUGAUAUUUUUUUUUCUAUUUACGUCCACUAGAUUUAAUUUCAAUGUUUUUAGCUGUAUCAAAUAACCGUAUUAAACUUACAGAAUAUCACGUCAUUCAUUUAAGUCAAGACGUGUAAUCACGUCCCAGGUCGAAGUUGAUUGUGUUUAUACGUCAACGAAUAUGUUCUAGAACGUGAAUACACGUCGCAUAAAUAUUAAUGCUAUGUUUAAAGCCUCGAUGUAAAGAUGCGUAAAAUUAAGCGAUUUUUAUUGUGACAAAAUUGUGUGUAUAUACUUCGGAUAGGAAAAAAAACUCGUUUUGAAACAAGGGCAUCUAAUUGUUAUGUUGUAGGAGAUAGGAGGUUUACCAUCAUGAAAGUUCAGUUCAUCCCGUCCGCUGCUGGGGAACCCUUAAGGUUUGGCCACAUAUACUUGUGCAGGAUUGAAAUGAUAACGAGACGUUAGUAUGUCAGACUAAGAGAAAAUUACAACUCAAGCAAAUAAGCAAUGCCAAAGACGUGUGAUCACGUUUUUAUAAUGCUAGCUUUUGCCUACGUUUCCGCAAGCGUGAAAGAGCUUUUCCGGGCAUAAAAGGUAGCCAAUAGCACUCAGAAGUAACGUAGCUUCCUAUAGAAAAAAAAAACAUAUUCGAUUUGGUAGUUCCUGAGAUAGCGCGUCCAAACUUUCCAGUUUUAUAUAUUAGUAUAGAUUUGUUAUAUUUUCGCUGAUCGUAGUCUCGUCAUCACGCAUAUCCUGCACAGUAUGGGGCAGACAAGUAUGUUUUAUAAUCUAAUUUACUUGUCUUACCAAUCAAUGACUAAUGUAACAAAAUAGUCAUUCAGCAUCCCUGGUACUGGACGCAAAAUGUUCAGAAAAAGAUGGCGUAAAUAAUAUAAAUUGAGUUCCUUACUAAUAAACGCUGCAGACGUUUGUGAUACGUUUUGUCUCGCUCCGACGUUACUCAUUCAACAUGGUAAUGCAAAACAUUGAAUAUCCUUUACACGCGUGCAAAACGUCUAUCAUGCAAGUUGCAGGCCAAGAACAAAGCUAAAUUAGUUUAGCAUAGCUGCUAUGUUUACAUACAUGCAUGCUACCCGGAAACUAUGUAAGGUAAUUUAUGUACUAUUUGUAAUUUUGUUACUGUGUGAGCUAAGGUAACAGCCUAAUUCUUGGUCUGCAACCGACUUUAGUAAAGCAGUAAGUAUUUACGCCAUGUUUGUUUUGAAAUUGCGAAAUAUUGUUUUAUUGCGACUGUAUGAGUAAUAAAGAGCAUUCGCAUAUCGAAGUAUUUAUACAUUGUUGUUAGGGUUGUUUAAUGAAAAUUUUAAGUGAUAGUUCGAGUAUAUGUUUUUGUUUGAAUUAUUUAUUUUUCUAUUCGUAAUUUGAUGUUUUAGCUAAGGUCUGUUUGGAGUCCCUAAAUAAUGCACGUAGUUGUUUCUGAAAAUAAUGAUUUAUGAUAAGAAACUAGGGUUCUCUCAGAUGACUUCAUUGAAACAAAGACACUAAUGUCUGUAAGCUUGUGUAUAAAAUUUAUGCCAAAAAUUUAAUUGAUAUCAUGGAAUCUCAUAUUUGUUGAAGUAUGUAUUCAUACGUAUAAGUCAAGUGCAAAAACGUGAGACUUACUGCGUUAUUUAGAUAUUUCAUAUGGAUAAGAUUUUGGAUUAAAAUAAAAGCUUAUUUUGAUUGUGUGAUUUAAAAGGAAUUUUGUGUUAUCAAGAUAAGUUUUAAUUUUAUUUAACAUCUGACGUUUGAUAUCUCGUGACGAAAUACUGACAAGAAGUAUUGAAAUAUUAACGGUUAUGAAAGCAAAAGUAUAAGAAAUAAGGAAGUUUUCAUUGGUUAUUAUUAAAGAUAAGUGCUGCGACUUUGAUUUAAAGCAAGACACUUUUUUGUUAUUGCAUUAAUGUGGAUUGCUGCAAAAAAUAUAAUAUACUGUGGUACUAGCCCUCACAGAAUAAAUGAGCUAAUAAACUUUUAUGAUUUCAUAAUGAAGGGAUGAAGGAAUACUUUGAAAUGGUUAUUUUAAAUAGCGAUUUCUGAAUCAAUUCGGCUAUUAAAUUUAUUUACAGGGACUUCACUGAGAUCUUUAUAAUUUCUAUAAAGUGUUGUCUAUGGUCGAAAUGUUGAUCAACAUCCGGUGCGUGUAUCUAUGACCGGAUGUUAGUAUGUGAAUGCUCUCCUCUAGAUGUUUAUUGUCGAUGUUAUAAGGAAAUAAGUAAAAAUUAUGUCGAAUAAAUGCUUAGUGAAGUAAGUAUAUAGCGAUCAAAUGUUCGAUUUAGAAUAGAAUAAGUAUUCGAAUGUUUAAUCUAUUAAAGUAUUUAAUGAGAUUA